AUGUUACAAACAUCAAUUAAACAAUUUACUAAAACUACCACAACUAAAUCAUUUAUAAGACAAUUUUCAAAAACUUCAUUUACUAGAAAUACUAUUAAUUCACAAGAACAAGCAUCAACAAUACAAACUCAACAACCAUCAAUUGAAAAUCAAAUUCAAAAUCAACCUCAAGAAUUUCAACAAGAAAAUUUAGGUACUUUUAAAUCAUUUGCUGAAUAUAGAUUAAAAGUUUCAAAUCAAUCACCAUUGGCUGUUAGAUCAAAAGAUUUUAAUGCAAAUUUGAGACAAGCUCAACAUUCAUGA